AUGGGCAAAGGGGCAUUUGCUAAUCAGUUGAUACCCAGAGGAACCAUCAUCGGUGAGUAUCUUGGCAGGCUUCAUCCUCUGAUGACGCUGCAUGGUGGUGAUAGAUACAUCUUCUACUUCAACGAGGCCGCCGACGUAUCAGCCUAUCAGUAUGGCAACAUCACCCGCUUCGUGAACCAUCACUGCAAGCCGAACAUCACUGCGCAACUUGUGAUGUACGGAAGGCGUCGUGUGAUCGUUUACACUGCCAACCAGGAUAUCCAGACCGGUGACCAGGUCUUUGUCAGUUACGGGAGGGGGUACUUCGAAUAUUCCAAGACUUGGUGCAAGUGCGACAACGUCGAAGGGAACCACCUGCCGAGCGCGCCUCAACCGGCCUGGGCUCAGGAUAUGGAGACUUAG